CCAAAUUAUUUUCAGUGUAAUACCUUCUGUACCUAAAUAUUGCAGCUGGGAGAUUUUUCCAUUGAUGUCUCCAGAGAGAGCCACUGAAAAUAGAGAGGACUAUAUGAUAAAGGUUACAUUUUGAGGGAAUCUGCUCAUGUUCUUGUAUGCUUCUCCAUUAUAUUAGUUGAUACAUUCAUCCCUCUCACCACUAGAACUAAAAAAAAACCAGCAUCCUGCUCCUUAUGAAAAGGAUUUGUUUGAAUUACACUUCCAUCCAAACUAAAAAAAUACAGGGCAGGUUCAUUAAACACUUCUAAUUUCAGCAGUUAAUAACCUGCUGUUUUGAGAAUAAGACAAUAAUGUCAUCACAGAAAGAGAGAAGGCAUGCACACUGAUAGGCUCAAUGGCCAGCUUGGUGAGAGAUUCAGUCAUCCAGUUGGGAAACAAUGAUGCUACAGUGAUGGGUGUUGCCACAGACAGUAUCUUUCACUUGAUGGGUAUAGAUGAAAGAGCUUCUUGACAAUAUAUCUGUCUGACAGUAUUAUAUUUCUAUAAACUGAAGUUCUCUGUUUUAAAAACUGUUAAAACAUAAUAUGAAUGCAAUGCAGGUUUUCCUGCAUUGGCAUUGACCAGCUAUGACAUCUCUGUGCUUCCUUCUGGGCUGAUAAUUUCCUGCUUUGUUUUGUUUUCAACUCCUAUAUCUACUGAAUGUCAAUGAGAGAGCAAAAGAACCCCUGAAGAUUCUUGCUUCCUUCCAAUGCUGUUUUACUUUGAGACUUUGGAGCUUCUUGAAAAUGUGUAAGAUAUUAUAAAAUAAAGGAAGAACUAUCUGACCAUCAGAAAUUUAUUGGAUGGAAAUUCUGCUAUAACAGAAAAUUUGAACUAAGAUAUGAUUUGACUUUAAAGCAACUCUCAGUAACCAUGAUGGCAACGCAGACGUUAAGUAUAGACAACUAUCAAGAUGGGCAACAACAGAUGCAAGUAGUAACAGACCUAAAAACUGAGCAGGAUCCAAACUGCUUAGAAACAGAUGCAGGAGGAUUGAGUCCUUCCCCAGUUGAGUCUCAGACACCGAUGGAUGCAGACAAGCAGGCUAUUUACAGGCACCCGCUGUUUCCUUUAUUAGCACUGUUAUUUGAAAAAUGUGAACAAUCUACACAGGGUUCAGAAGGCACAACAUCUGCAAGUUUUGAUGUAGAUAUUGAAAACUUUGUUAGGAAACAGGAGAAGGAAGGAAAACCCUUUUUUUGUGAAGAUCCAGAAACGGAUAAUUUAAUGGUAAAAGCAAUUCAGGUUCUACGAAUUCAUCUGCUUGAGCUAGAAAAAGUUAAUGAGCUCUGUAAAGAUUUUUGUAGUCGCUAUAUUGCAUGUCUAAAGACUAAAAUGAACAGUGAAACUCUGCUAAGUGGAGAAUCUGGGAGUCCUUAUUCACCAGUACAACCCCAGUCCAGCAACUUUAAACAUGAUAAAGAUAGCUUGGAUUUGCUGGAGCAGCUGUCUUCAUGGAAAGAGUCACCAGAAAAUCCAAUUCAAAGUGCCAUCACAGGUACGCUAAGUCCCCAGGGGAUAGUGGUACCUGCAUCAGCACUGCAGCAGGGAAAUGUAACUAUGGCAACAGUUGCAGGUGGCACGGUAUAUCAGCCAGUAACGGUGGUCACACCUCAAGGACAAGUAGUAACACAAGCACUGUCACCUGGAACCAUCAGGAUCCAGAAUUCACAGCUCCAGUUACAACUUAACCAAGAUUUAAGCAUCUUGCAUCAAGAUGACGGAUCAUCAAAGAAUAAAAGAGGUGUUCUUCCAAAGCAUGCUACAAAUGUGAUGAGAUCUUGGCUUUUCCAGCACAUAGGGCAUCCAUAUCCAACAGAAGAUGAGAAAAAACAGAUAGCAGCACAAACGAAUCUUACAUUACUCCAAGUUAACAACUGGUUUAUCAAUGCUAGAAGGCGAAUUCUCCAGCCAAUGUUGGAUUCCAGCUGUUCUGAAACACCAAAAACGAAGAAGAAAACAGCUCAAAACCGACCAGUUCAAAGGUUCUGGCCAGACUCCAUUGCAUCAGGAGUAGCUCAGCAUCAAUCAAAUGAACUUACUAUGUCAGAUGGAGCUGUUGUAACAAUUACUGCUCCAGUCAACAUGAAUGUAGACAGUCUCCAGUCACUGUCAUCUGAUGGUACUACUUUGGCUGUUCAGCAAGUCAUGAUGGCAGGGCAAAGUGAGGAUGAAUCUGUAGACAGCGCUGAAGAUGAUGGAACAGAUCUCUCAACUACAAAUAUCAGUGGGCUGGUCUUGGAUAACAGUGAUUCUCUGCAAUAGGAAGCAAGAGGACCUGACCUAAAUCUAUUAGGAAAAACAACGGACUGACUGACUUUUUAUAGUUUGCACAGCAAACGUUUUACACAAGUUUUAUUUCUAAUAUGUUUUAUAUGUAGAUAUAGAAGAGUGCACUUUUUUGUAUUUCAUAGUAAGCUUAAAGAGUGUCUUUGCAGGUGCAGCAACUUCUUUCAAAUGUGUUGGUUUUUUGGUUUUAAUUUUGAAAAUCUAGUAAGUUAAAAAAAAAUGAUCACCCCAUUUGUUUCCCUAAAGUUAUUAUUUCAUUCACCAAAAAAAAAAAGCUAAGUCAACCUGAAUAAAAAAUGGGUAUAACGGGGUUGCAGACAUGGGGUAAAGUGGUGGUUGCCUGGAAUUUGAGUUAGUCUUGUAUCAACAUGGAUUUAAACUUACCCCAACCAGACAAUCACUAUGUUACUCAGUUCUUGCUGUUCUAUAGCAUCAUAAGAUCUGCUGCAAUUUUCAGACAUAUAAAAUUGCACUGCUAUGGGAGAACUGAAAGUACUUUUUAUCUCACUGAAGGUAACCAGCUUCAGUUCUGUCAUUUUAACAAUGGUGGUUUAAUAAUGUAAAUGUAAAGCAUGUCAAACUAGUGUAUGGGAUUUGUUUAUGAAGUUAGCCAUGUAGAUUUGAAAGAUGCUUCUGCACCUUAAAAAAAAAAAACUAAACUGCCAGUCUAAAGUGGGCAACACAUACAAAAAAAAAAAGAAGUGGAAAUGUGUGAUUCCGUAAAGAAUGCAUGGCAUUUAUUAUAAACUUAAUUUCUUCAGGAGAUGUUAGGCAGACAACCCUAGAUCUCAUUGUACCUUUGAAAUCUGCUGUUGAUAUGGCUACCACAGCUUCUUCCUCAUCCUUCCCCCUUUUUUUAGCCACCUGCCCAGUGGCUCCUUUGCAAUGUUUUUCUGCAGCAGAUAGGGUGAGGUUAGAAAGGCAAUAAAAGGAUUAGUGGAGCCAGAAGAAGCAGUGAUUGUAGCUCUCUUCAGGUGAUACAUUCUGGUGUAGAAUUCAGCAUGUAAGGAGCAGUGAGCCACCCCUGCACUGUCUUCGUAGUAGUGGUGACAUCACUGGAAAACUGGUCUCCACAAGCCAGGUGUGAUUGUCUGCAGUAUGGAGUUCGAAAAUGCACGGUUCCAGUUUUCAUAGAACUCUUCACGUGCAUGAGAAGGCUUCCAAUUGCUAACAGUCAUGCUGUAUUCAAAGAAGACUGGCUGUUAGUUGACGUCAUAGCGUGACUUAAAGAGUGGAAGGCUUAUUAGCCAUUCGUCAUGUGUUGAAUUCUAAGUGGGAGUCUCUUGCCUGAACAGCUGUUCUCUUAUCCCAGUUCAAGGAUACAUUUAAAGGUACAGGAGAUGCUAUAAGGUGUGCUCCUAGCUAGUGUGUCUGUUCAUUGUUUGCUAUAAAACACUUAUUUUUACCUUUAUCAGGAUUAUUGGAUGAAAAAUAUUUUUAUAAAUUCUCUAAGAAUUGGAAGGAUGACUGUAUUAAGCACGAGGAAAAGGUGUUUAGUACUACUAUUUGGAAGGUUAUGAAAACAGUCUGAAUUGAAUAAACACGCCUAUGUGACAUUC